AUGUCACAACAACACAACCCUUUCAUCUUUUGUUCUAUACGAAAUGGUAAAGACAUACACGUGCGUACCACACCGCUGUACUACACAAACCAUAUCAGCUUCCCCGCUGUGAUUCACAUCACGAACUUCAACGUUCCUGCCAAGGCAACAGCCAUAAUCUCCACGAACCCACCAGGUCUCAUCCGCUUCCCCGUGUCAUCUUCAAAGGCUUUGAACUACGGACCUGCCUCGUCAGCCCAGUCCUCGCUCGCGCUCCGCACCCGUCGACGACGCCCAUCCGGCCGUGGCCUGCGUGUUGUCCCGCAUCCGUUUACCCGGGUCGCGACGAAGAAGGACGAGGAGGGCGGCGUGGCGCGUCGGCGUGGCGGCAACAUCCAGCUGCUGGUAUUGCCUCGGAUUGACGAUGGCCGAAGGCUCUGUCAAGACUGCCACCCAAUAUCUGGCCCCAGGUUUUCUUCGGACCCGACGCUUGAGUGCAACAAGAGGGGUUGA